AUGCGAGCCAUGUGGGCUGACCCGGGUGUUAAGCCGCUGUGGGAGCAGCGGCGAGACGCUUCCGGGAAAGUUCCCUUCAUGAUGGAAAAGGUUGGCGACACGAGGGUGCCUUACCUUACUUCUGAAGAGAUGCACGCAGUGGCUUCGAUUCUCGAGUCCCGCCACUUCAGCGGGACACGGCUGGCAGAGCUGGCGGGCAGUGAGGGAGACUUGGCGGCGGCGAUUGCGCGUGUGGAGAGCGCGUGGCAGCCCCUGGCGCACCGUUACGAGACCAAGCUUGGGGAGGCGAGCACUGGACUCAUGCAGGUGCUGCAGUCAACAGCAAAGUGGCUGGAGCAGGACAUGGGGUACCGCGCUUACACUGUGGAUCCGUCCAAUCCCUUCCUCUACCGCCCGUUUGAGGCAACGUACUAUGGCAUGGCGUACCACGCAUGGCUCUCCAACUAUAAGGGCAUCCCGCGCAGUGAGGAGUUUGUGGUGCGAGGUUACAAUGGCGGGCCGGGGGGGUGGGAGAUUCCGGCUACUGAAAAGUACUGGAGCAAGUACCUGCAGGCGAAACAGGAAAUACUCCCCAGUACAUCUGUGCCUUCCCCGGUGGCACGCGCACCAGCACCCCGAUCUUACACGAGUAUUUGCGGAGACUCUCGAGGCGCGUCAGGAGGUUAUCCCAACGGCUACAUGGAUAAACACGGAGAUCGCGGACCGAUUAAUGUCAUCUAUUGGGACGACUGGACGGAUGGCGAAGAUAUGCGAGCGAUGUGGGCUGAUCCGAGUGUUAAGGUGCUGUGGGAGCAGAGGCGAGAAGCAUCCGGGAAGGUUCCGUUCAAGAUGGAGAAAGUCGGUGGCAAGAGCGUGCCUCACGUGGGCCUCGAAGAGAUCCACGCAGCAACGCUCGUUCUCCUGCGCCGCCACUUCAGCGGGCGGGGCAAGCGGUUGUGGCCGACAGGGCUGGCGAGCAGCGAAGGCGACGCGGUGCUGGCGGUGUGCGCGGUGGCGCGCGUGGAGAGCGCGUGGCAGCCCCUGGCGUACCGCUUCGAGCCCCGCCUUGGGGAGGCGAGCAUUGGACUCAUGCAGGUGCUUCAGUCAUCAGCCGAGUGGCUGGCGAGGGACAUGGGAUAUCGGGCUUAUGCUGCUGAUGUGGCAUCCUCCAUGAUCCGCCGCCCGUUUGCCGGCCUCUAUUAUGGCAUGGCGUACCUCGCAUGGCUCACUACGUACAAGGGCAUCUCUCGCAGUGAGGAGUUUGUGGUGCGCGCAUACCACGGAGGGCCGGGGAGGUGGAACAAGGGCCUGCAGCAUGGCACUGGAGCAAGUACCGGCAGGCGAAGGAGGUACCCGGUGAUACAGCCAGAUACGAAGCACACCAAGCUCAAAGUGUCUCAAGAGGGUCUCAGCGUUAUCAGAAGCAUCAAGAAUCCCAUCGCCAUUGUUGCGGUGAUUGGACCUUACAGAUCAGGCAAAUCUUUUCUGCUUAACCAGUUGCUUACACUCACGUGCGAUGAAGGGUUCGGGGUGGGCCAUGCACGUGACACCAAGACCAAGGGCAUAUGGGUGUGGGGCGAUCCCAUGGAGAUGCAGGUGAACGGGCAGACCACAUCGGUGCUCUUUCUCGACACCGAGGGCUUUGAGAGCGUCGGCAAGUCCUCCGUUUACGAUGACAGGAUAUUUGCCCUCGCUACAGUGUUAAGCUCAGUUCUGAUAUACAACCUUGCAGAAACGGUGAAGGAGGCGGAUAUAGCCAAGCUGUCCUUCGCCGUUGAGCUGGCAGAGGAGUUCUACGGCAGGUGGGAAAUGGGGAAGGGAUGA